AUGGCGGUUUGGUCGUACCCGCCGACGCGGAAGCAAGUGGUGGCGACGGUUUUGCUGUUUGCGGCCGGGGCUUCGCUGUUCGGGUAUGGUGCGUACUUGUCUCUGGCGAAUGUUGAGCCUCAACGAGCCCGAGCUAAAGCUCGAAGCGAAUUUGUGAGGGAGCGGCUCCGGAAGGUGAUCGGUGACUAG